AUGGCUGAGUCCAGAAAGCCUGUCCUCUACUCCUAUUUCCGAAGCUCGUGCUCAUGGAGAGUUCGAAUUGCUCUGGCCUUGAAAGGCAUUGACUAUGAGACAAAGCCCAUCAACCUUGUGAAGGAUGGGGGACAGCAGUUCUCUGAAGAAUUUCGGGCACUAAAUCCCAUGAAGCAGGUACCAGCCCUGAAGAUUGAUGGAAUCACCAUUGGCCAGUCACUGGCCAUCAUUGAGUACCUGGAGGAAACUCGGCCCUCUCCUCGACUCCUGCCUCAGGACCCAAAGAAGAGGGCGAGCGUGCGCAUGAUUUCAGACCUCAUCGCUGGUGGCAUCCAGCCUCUGCAGAAUCUGUCUAUCUUGAAGCAAGUGGGUCAGGAGAACCAGCUGACCUGGGCCCAGAAGGCCAUCAGUUCUGGCUUUACCGCUCUGGAGACAAUCCUGCAGAGCACAGCAGGGAAGUACUGUGUGGGCGAUGAGGUUUCCAUGGCUGAUCUGUGUCUGGCGCCUCAGGUGGCAAAUGCUGAAAGGUUCAAGGUGGAUCUCACUCCCUACCCCACCAUCAGCCGCAUCAACAAGACGCUGCUGGCCUUGGAGGCCUUCCACGUGACUCACCCCUGCCGCCAGCCAGAUACGCCUCCUGAGCUGAGGGCCUAG